CCUCUGGAGAUGUUUUUCAAUAAUGAUCCUGUUACAGUCCCAAUGAUAGAAAGAAAUUCCAGUGACCCUCCUGAAAUGGACACCAGUGACCUGAACUCAUUGGUUGAAGAGGCUGUGCUAAGUUUUCAUCACAUCAGCUAUCAGGAAACAGUUCAGAGUAGCUUUGCAUGUUGUAAACAUGCGUGUAUUAUAGAAAGACUGUCAAAUAUCAGUGGGAUCAUGAAACCUGGCCUCAAUGCAAUUAUGGGACCACAAGAUGGGAGCAGAUCUUUGUUAUUAGAUGUCUUAGCUGCAAGGAAAGAUCCACGUGGAUUAUCUGGAGAUAUUUUGAUAAAUGGAAACCCUCGACCUGCUAAUUUCACAUGUACUUCUGGUUAUGUGCCACAAAAGGACAUGGUGAUGCACACGCUGACUGUAAGAGAAAACGUAGAGUUUUCAGCAGCUCUUCGACUUCCAAUAACUGUGACAAGAGAUGAAAAAAGAAGGCGAAUUAAUGAGGUCCUUGAACUUCUGCAUCUGGAUAAGGAGUCAAAUGUCAAGCCUAGAUCUAAAGAGCUCAGGAAAAGGACCAGUAUAGCCAUGGAGCUGGUCACCCAGCAUCCCAUUUUGUUCUUGGAUGAUCCCACCACUGGCUUAGACUUGAGCACUUCUACUGAUGUCAUCUCGAUCCUGAGAAGGAUGUCUAGGAUGGGACGGACCAUCAUCUUCUCCAUUGAUCGGCCUCAGUACUCCAUCUUCAGACUGUUUGACAGCCUCACCUUAGUAGCCUCAGGAAAAGUCAUGUUUCACGGGCCUGCGCAGGAGGCUUUGCCAUACUUCAUAUCUGCAGGAUUUUUACUGAGCCUCUUGUUCUGCUUCCUACUCAUGGUGACCCUCUUAAAUAACAUGCUGGCCUCAGGCCCAGUUACCCAUAAGUUGAAUAGCUUUGUAAAGGCCCAGCAUCAUUGUGUUCUUGCUCGUGCGGCAGACGAUGAGUUUCGGUUUUUCCCUAGUGUCACCUGA